AACAAAACAACAUAUUUUAGGAAAUUGUGGGAAAUUGAAAUUGUAAGAAAUCGUAUUAAUUUGUUCAUACCCUUGGUAUCAGUGAUUUUCAAUCUUUACAAAUUAAUUCUAUGUGCUCAUUAAGAAUUUGAAAUGUCAUCAGAUUAUGAGCAGUUCGCUAAGGGCCCCCUCAAACUGAAGAAGGACGUUUCUUCUGGAAAAAAAUGAAUGCAGGCACACCCUCAAUGAAGAAAAAGGAGAAGCAACGAGAAAAAGAAAUAGUAAAACAGGUCACCAAUGCCUCAAAAGAAACUGAAAAACCAAAAAAUGAAAUGAAAUUAACCAAGGCUGAGUUGGCUUUUAUGAAGCAGCAAGAGAAAAUGAAGAAGGAGCGGAUUUUGCAGCUAGCAUCGACAACUCACAAACAGCGAGUGGAGAAAUUUAAUCAACAUUUGGACAGUUUAACAGAGCACUUUGAUAUACCCAAAGUCAGCUGGACCAAAUGAAGCCUCACAGCAACCCCAAAUGUACAUUCUGUAUAUAUUUCUGUAUUUUUAGGUUUCUCAGUAUCAUGCUUUCCUCCUCUUAAAAAAUUGUCAAAGCAAAGUUUCAUUUUUCCUGUACCAUUCUUAAGCAUAAAUAUUCUCAUCCCAAAAAUAUUUUAUUUAUUCUGAAAUUGUAAAAUUUACUCAAAUCAAAUUAAAUAAAUAAAAAAAAACAA